CCAUUUAUGUAUUGAUUUUUAUUUUUUAGAGUCCACUCCACUCCCAAUUCAUAUCUAUGGAUUUGUGUGUUCCAUUCAAGCUAUUAUUUUAAGCUAAUUUAUUCAGCUGAAAAGGUAAUAGAUCCCGCACAAAACCCAAAUACAACAAAUGGCAGGAGAUUCAACUCAAAAAUAAAAUACCCCCAGAGUUUGGCGUGCCAUCUCUCAUAGUCUUCAUUGAAUCAAAAUGAAAUUCCCCAAAACAUGACAACACUUUGCUGUUGUGGAAUCUAAUGGAGCAUUCAAAGUUGAAACUUGAAACCUCUGAUUCUCAGAACCUCCUGAUCUGGGAAAUUGGUUCGCUAGCUACCGAUAUGAAUCAUCUGCAAUGAAUUUCGAUUUUUUUCGCAAUGAGUUUGGUACCGGCGAGAGUGAAAGAGGAAAAGAUGAAGGGAAUUCAUGUGGGUUUAGGGAAAUUGGAAAUAAAGUUGGAGUCUUCGUUCAUGAGAAGGCAGAUGGGGUUGUCAAAUGUGGCAGGUCUUCACAAGACCAAUGUUUAAGUAAGAUUUCAGGUUCUUCGGAGUCACCGUCGUCCCUUUCAGAGCCUACGGACAUCAAAAAUUGGUUUUCAAGCUAUGUGUACGAGUCUCCUUCAUUGGGUACUACUGAUGGUUUUGGAGAUUCUCUUGCCAAGCAAAGUAAAUGCGAGAAGGAUAGGUUUUUGGUUGAAAACAGUAAGAGAGAAAAUGAAGAGGAAUUGAGGAAUUCUAGUGUAAAGAGGAGUAUUAGUAGAGAGGUUGUGGGUGAGAAGGAACAGUCAGGAGGGCUUUCGAAUUGUGACAGCUCUUGGAGAGUUACUAAGCAGGCAAGGCAAUCUAUACCUGAGGUUCCAGGUCAUUUGGAUUCCUCUUCACACUUGUCAAGUUUGUAACAACUACUCAUGCAGCUU